AUGGCAAACACUAUUGCAUCUAUUCCUACAUUGGACCUCAAUGAUGGUACCUCCAUCCCUAUUGUUGGGUAUGGCACUGGCACCGCAUGGUUUAAGAGGUCCGACACCGGUAUCAAUCAUGAAUUGGUCGAAUCAAUCAAGACGGCAACGAAACUAGGAUACCACCACCUCGAUGGGGCUGAAAUCUACCAGACCGAGGAGGAACUGGGACAGGCAAUCAAAGAGAGCGGGGUGCCUCGAGAGAAACUCAUCGUGACAACCAAGGUCAUCACCAAUAUCGCCGAUAUUUCUCAGGCCAUUGAUACCAGCCUCAAGAAGCUCCAGCUUGACUAUGUGGACCUGUAUUUGAUUCAUUCUCCGUUCUUUGCAAAGUCCAAAGAAGAGCUUCAAGCUGCCUGGGCUGCUAUGGAGCAAGUUAAGGCAUCUGGGAAGGCCCGGUCUAUUGGUGUGUCCAAUUUCCUCCAAGGUGACUUGGAGACGAUUCUCGAAACUGCUAAAGUGGUACCAUCUGUGAAUCAGAUUGAGUUCCAUCCUUACCUUCAACAUGGCAAUCUUGUUCCCUACCAAGAGAGCAAAGGUAUCAAGACUGUUAGUUAUGGUGGUCUCACUCCUGCCACCCGGGCUCAGGGUGGGCCAUUGGACCCUCUGCUCUCUUCCUUGGCCACCAAAUAUGCAGUCAGCCAGUCCGAGAUCCUGUUACGCUGGACUAUUGACCGUGGCUGUGUGUCUAUUACCACCAGUGGCAAAGAAUCCCGCCUAAGCAGCUAUUUACGCAUAUUUACAUUCAAACUGACACCUGAAGAGGUUGAUGAGAUCUCUAAGAUAGGCGAGAAGAACCAUUACCGUGCAUUCUGGCGUGAGAAGUUUGCAGAGGAUGAUCGUUCGUGA